AUGCGCCUCCAGAUUGACUGCCCUUUCACCUGCCCGGCCAACAGCCACUACGAGCUGUGCACUAGAUCUUGCGAUUUCACCUGCGCUGGCUUGUUCUCCCCUGCCCAGUGCACUGCAAAAUGCUUUGAAGGCUGCCAGUGUGAAGCCGGCUACGCAUUCAAUGGGGAAACGUGCACGUCCAUGGAAGGAUGCGGCUGCGUGCAUGAUGGACGCUACAUCAAGGCCGGGGAGAGCAUCAUCUCCGGUGCUUGCUCCGAGAAGUGCACCUGCCAGGCCUCAGGCGGGCUUGUCUGCGAGCCACACAGCUGCCCCGAAAAGGAGAUCUGUGCGCUCCAGGACGGGGUGCGCGGCUGCGUGAAGCAGGAAGGCCGGUGCACGCUGCUCCCCGGAGCCCAGCUCACCUCCUUCGACGGUGCCUCUGGAGGAGAUCUCCACAGUGGAGCUUACGAGCUGGCCUCUCUCUGCAAUGACAGCGCCCCCUCCUGGUUCAGGGUGGUGGUGGAUGUCAGGGCAUGCAGCGAUGGGGCAGUGAUGGCUGGGACAACCGCCUACAUUUUCUUCCAAGAUGCUUUCAUAGCUGUGAAAAGGAACAAGGAGACCUGGAUCUCCGAUGCUGUGUCUGUGCACAAGUCUCAGGGCGGCGUGGCCGUGGUCCAGGCCUCGGGGAUGAUGGUUCUGUUCAGCCCCAGUGGGGAGGUGACGCUGAGAGUCGGCGAGAGCCUGGCUAACAAGCUGUGCGCAUCCUGUGGGAACUUCAAUGGCGACGUCUCUGACGACCUGCGGCUGCCCAGCGGGAAGGUCGCAGGGAACAUCACUGAGGUCAUCGAUGCCUGGAAGGCCAGAGACUUCUCUGGGUGUGAUGUCUAA